CAAUAAGUUAGCUAUCUGAUUAUUUUACUAAUAAAAUCAAGGCCCGAAGAAGCUAACAUCUGUAGCUGGUGUGUCAAUACAAAUUGCAGGCUGUCAUUAUGAGCUAUUUGAGCACAGCAAGAAAGCUCUCUCGCACUGAUUCUGGAUAUCGUGUUACUGAUGGCAAUAUUGCUGCCAUUGAUUUUGGUACUACAUCAGUUUCACUGGCUUACACUACCAAAGGAGAUAAACAAGUAGCAACUUUUCCUCUGGAUACAGAAGCAAAGUCUACUAGGGUACUUAAUGUUGUCCUGCUAAAGAAUGAAGGAUGUAAAACGAAGGUUGAAUCAUUUGGAGCAAAUGCAAAGAAGAAGUUUGUAUCACUGAGGCCUAGCGCAUAUGCAAAUUACAUUUAUUUUGAGAGAAUAAAAAUGCUGAUGAGAAGGGAAAAGGCAGUUGAUAGGCAGACAUUAGUUGAGUCAUUUUCUGGUAAAAAGUAUUAUCUAAUUGAAGUCAUAGCAUUCAUACUUCAGUAUUUGAGGGAUCUAUUGAUAGAUCACCUCUCCCGUACUGUCAGGCCAUUGAAGACAACAGAUUUUGAUUGGGUCAUCACUGUACCUGCUAUAUGGGAUGUACGUGGAAAAAGAAUGAUGCGAGAGGCUGCUUAUUUGGCUGGUUUGUUGACAGAGUCUGGAGGCAUUGAUUAUUUAACUCCUACAUCUAGUUCUCUUGAAUCUCUUCCACCUCCAAAUGAAGUUAAUCCUGAUAAGCUAUCAUUAGCACUAGAACCAGAAUCAGCAGCUCUUUACAGUCAAGAAGCAAUAGGAGCACAAAUAGAGGGUGAUCCAUCAAAAGCAGCUAUCAGUCGUCCUACAGAAUACAUGGUGAUAGAUAUAGGAGGAGGUACCGUUGAUAUUACUGCUCAUAUUGAGAAGUCUGGCUCUAUCCAAGUAGAUAAUAUCCCAACCGGCAAUGCAUGGGGUGGUACACAAGUCAAUGAAGCUUUCUCUCAGUUGCUUCAAAAGCUUGUGUGUGAUCCUGAUUAUAAAAAGUUUAUAGCUUCAGGAGAGCAUUCUAAGCAAAUGGCAAUAGUCAAUGGCAUAUUGUACGAUGAAUUUGAAACACAAAAAAUCUCAUUUGGGCAGUGCAAAAAUAAAGAAAUGGCUAUUGAGUUCAAUGCCAAGUUUGCCAGCUGCUACGAUAAAGCAAUAAAACAAGAAGUAAAUAAAAUGAAAGGCAUUGAAUAUGAAGAUGAUAGAUUGUACAUAGAUGAAAGUUUAGCCGAAUCCCAGUUGUUUGGUCCAACAUUGAGAGGUAUCAUAGACUGCACAAUAAAAGCAAUCAAAGAAGGUGGAAGCAGAAUCAAUACAUUUUAUCUCGUUGGUGGAUUCGGUGGCUGUAAGUAUAUUCAUGAAAAGGUCACUGCUGCUAUAAAAAAUUUGAAAGGUAGCUGCAGUGUUAUUGUACCAGUCGAUCCUCAUCUUGCAGUUGCUACAGGAGCUGCAAUGUGGCGAAAAAAUCCAGAAAAGAUUAAAGCAAGGAAAUCUGAUGCUACUUAUGGAAUUCCUGUGACUAUCCCUUUCGACACAGAGAAACAUGAUGAGCACUACAAAUACUUCGAUGAUGAGGAUGAUAGAUAUCGAUGUGGCAAGGUAUUUUGUGUCUUUAUGGAGAAAGGUAAAAUGGCUAAAGCAGAGGAAGUUUUAAGUAUUGAUAUGAUUCCAGCAAAAGAUACAUCUACACAAAUGUUCAUUGGUAUCUAUUCAACACCAAAUAUUGGUACCCAGUAUACAGUUGAUAAAAAAGGGGAAAGCACAGUUACUAGAAUUGGCCAACUAGUUCUUGAUGUUCCUAACCCUGAUAAUUUGCCAAAAAAUGAGCGAAUAGCUGACAUCACAAUGGAUUUUAGCGGUACAGAGAUACAAGCUAAGGCAAAAUAUCAAGUUACUGGAACAGAAGUUAAAACUGUUUGUGACUUCCUUUCUGCUCAAUAACACAAAAGCAUUAUUAAUUAAAAUAAUAUAUUUUGAUAAAUCUAUUACAAAGCUUAUAAAAGACAACAAUAUUAACAGUAAAAUAG